CACACCGUCACACACUCACCAUGGCUGACGCAGAUGAAGACGUCUCGCACCUGGGAGCGCAGAAUGAGGUGGAGCAUGAUCCCACCGAAGAGGCGCAGGACUUCCGCUUCCUCGACAAGCUCAUAGGGGGGCAUGAUGUAGCGCACCUGACUCUCCCGAAGCGUGGAGAGAAAGACUUUGAAUCGCACUCGACCAACUUGCAACUCGACACGCUCGAAGCCUCGCGGCGGGCCAUGCACGGCGUCCUCUCGUGGCAGCGGACACACACACAGAAGAACCACAUCCUAGCGCAGUACCGCCCCGACACAAACACGGUCUGUGUUGAGAAAGUCAAGUCGCAGCAUUUUCAGACGAUUGGGCGCUCCAAGGGCGGGAAGGAAUGGCUGCUGCCCGAAGAAGCGCUGUUCAUGAUCGAGCGAGGCAGUCUGGACUGCAGAUGGCCCGUGAAGAAAGACGACGGCGACGAGCAGAAAUACAGGACAGAGGACGGCGCGCCCAUGAGCCUGCAGGCGGCCUAUGCUGCCUUCAUCGGGUACGAAGAAGGCGUGGGCGGGAAGCUGACACUCGAGAUGUACAAUGUAUACGCCGGCCUGAAGAGAUCUGGAUACGUCGUGUUCCGCACUGGCACCUGGGACGAAGACCGAGGCGAACUGCUGGCACACGACGCAAACGCGCAGGAUGCACGCAAAACAGGCCCGGGCAUCUUCACCCGCUUCUUCUCCGAGAUCUGGCGCCGCAUCAGCCAGCCCACCUACACAGUCGCGCCCGAGAGCCUCGCCUUCGGCCCCCUCAUCAAGCCCGGGCUAUAUCGCAGCUACGCCGACAUAUUCCGGCUGACGCACCUGAUCCGCGCCCACGACCGCAGCGCGCCACCGACCUUCACGCUCCCCCCCGCAGCCUCGAACCCCUUCCGGGUGCACUUCGACGUGUACCGCACAACAAGCGGGUUUCGCAAGACGCAGCGCGGCCCACCCGACUUCCGCAUCUGCGUGAUCAACGCGCGCGAGACGUCGAUUCCGACGGGCGCGCAGCUGAACGAUCUAUUCGCGCAGCUACCCGACGACGCACCCAAGGCGGGCGCGAACCACUUCCAGAAGCUGAAGCACGGGCGCCGCAACGUCGUGCUGGCUGUUGUCGACAACGGGAUUCCUAGCUAUCUCCGCGUCGCGGACGCGGCGUUUGACGAGAUCAAGAUCUACGAGCGCACGGGCACCGGGGCGCGGGGCAAGGGCGGCAGGGGGAGAGGCGGAGGUAGGGGAAGGGGAAGGGGGAGGGGACGCGGCUGAAGAAUAUGGUGGAUUGGCUGAGGAAUAUGGUGGAUUGGCUGAGGAAUAUGGUGGAUUGGCUGAAGAAUAUGGUGGAUUGGCUGAGGAAUAUGGUGGAUUGGCUGAGGAACAUGUUGGAUGGAAGGCGAUGGCUUUACCACACGUGUGGAUGAGACCGGAAGGAUCCACAUUGAGAAGAGCAACGCGUCAACUCGACAAACUAGCAGCGCUUGCCCAGAGAGCAAGCAAGCAGCAGAUAUAGCAAGACAACCCACGGCAACGCUCCGCGGAAGCACUGCACAUGCCUAGUACCAAACCGGGGACGCAGGCCACUCAAGCAGAGUCCAAAUGGCACACUGGACAGCAUAAUGAAACGCGACUUGAAGUUGACGGGCUACAUUUUAU